AUGAGUGGCUUGGACUUGCUGUUUCUACAGGACUUACCAACUUAUCUACCUAAUGAAGAGCCAGAACCAACUGAGCUGUUAUUGUCUAAACCUGAAUCUAGCCAUGGAGUUUGCCAAAAGGAGGAAGAAAAUAGGUCUGUUGAUGAUAACCAAAAGGUGAUUCGAAUACCUGGAACUAAUAUAACCUUACAAACGGAAGAAGAUAUUAGGAAGUGGAUCGAGGAACGUAAAAGAAACUGGCCUUCGGAAGCAAAUAUACGACGAAAGAAAGAGGCUCGACAACAAGGGCAAGAACAAACAAAGAUUGAACAAAAUAACAGCAAUAUUCGAAAACGUUUACCUGAGGAGUCAGAACUAAGCUCCAAAAGAGGUAAAAGUCUUUGUCGGAAUUACCAGCAAUACAAAAAAUGCAAGUUCGGUGACAAGUGUAGGAAUGUUCACGAAAUUGUAGUUGACCCAAAUCCUAUUGCAAAUGGCAAUGCCAAUAACACAACUCAUUAUCGAAGAAUCAUAAAUGGAAUAAACACCCUCAUUCCAAAAUUAUACUCCAAUCGAACUCAAAACACGCCAACUUCAAAUUCCUCACUAUUCAAACACUUGAUUACUAGUGACCAAAUGCUGAAUGAGAACAUGGUGAUUAUCGACUUUAUUAAAUACUUGGAUGAGAAAGGGCUAAUCGACCAUGAAGUAAUGAAAGAUAGGAAAUGA